ACAUGAUAGAUCAACAUGGCUAAAGUGGAUGAAUACGUUUCGGAAUUGCUCCGUCUUAAAAUAGAUCAACUUAUUGAUAUAUUAUUGAAUAGAAAAAUAUCUGAUGGUAUAAAUAUGAGUGAAAGUCUCAAAGACUAUAUUCAGAGUGGUUUCAGUGAUGGUUUUCUUCAGUCAAUUGAAAAUUUGGAAAAUAACCUCGAAAUUGAAAAUUCGAAAUCGCUUCAAAAUAAGUUAGAUCUCGCUGAUUUAGAGUUUAAAGAUAAAUCUGACUAUAGAAUGAUGCUUGUGGUCCGGAAUGAUCUCAAAAUGGGUAAAGGAAAAAUAGCAGCUCAAUGCUGCCAUGCUGCUGUUAGCUCUUACGAGGCUAUGACAAAAAAAAGACAAUAUUUAUUGAAACCAUGGUUGAAAAAUGGAACAGCCAAGAUAGCAGUAAAAGUUGAAUCUGAAGAAGAAUUAUUAGAAGUAGAGAGAAAAGCUAAAGAACUGAAAAUUCUUACUAAAAUAGUUAGGGAUGCUGGUCAUACACAAGUUGCUCCUAUGAGUAGAACAGUUUUAUCGCUUGGUCCUGCUCCCAAAAAAAUUUUAGAUCAAGUAACUGGGCAUUUAAAAUUACUUUGAACUCAUAUAUUUUAAACAAAAUAUAAAAUCAUCCCAACCUUAA